GCGAUAAACCCCUGCCUUUGUCUGGAACCGCCCGCAGGUCCUCACACGUAAAAUACAAGAGGGAGCUGAAUCAGACUUUGAUCUUGCACCUGGGUCCCUAAGGUAGCGAAACUCAUCAAAAAUAAUGCGGAGUAAACAAGACCUCACCCAAUAAGGGGAAGCUGUGGUCAAAAGCAUUUUGUCCCGGAACCCCUCUGCCUUCCCCAGACUCUGGACGCGGAGCCCAACAAUUGAUGUCUCUCCGCGGCACUUUUCUUCAUUUCCUUGGAGAACUCAUCAGCUUUCUAGAUCUGCCUGGGGAGAAUGGGGGCCUCUUUUCCAAGAAGCCCAGAGCCUGUGGAGCCCCCAGCGCCCGAUCUCGCUGUCCCCUGCGGAGGAGCCCUGCUGGCUGUCCUGAUGCUGCUGGCUCUGCCGGCCGCCUGGGGUCAAUGCAAGGCCCCAGAGUGGUUUCCAUUUGCCAAGCCUGAAAGUCCAACUGAUGAAUCUGUGUUUCCCAUCGGGACUCCUUUGAAGUAUGAAUGUCGCCCUGGUUAUAUCAAGAGACGGUUUAAUAUCAUUUGCCAAGAAAACUCAGUCUGGACAAACGCUGAAGACAAGUGUAAACGUAAAACAUGUAAAAAUCCUUCAGAUCCUUUGAAUGGCAUGGUGCAUGUAGAGUCAGACACACAAUUUGGAUCCAGAAUUACUUAUACUUGUAAUACAGGGUACCGACUCAUUGGCGCCCCCAGUGCUCAAUGCGUGAUCUCAGACACUACUGUUGUUUGGGAUGAAGAAGCACCUAUUUGUGAAAGAAUUCCUUGUGAGCCACCUCCGGCCAUUGCCAAUGGAGAUUUCUUUAGCUCUAACAGAGAAUAUUUCCUGUACGGAAUGGUGGUGACCUAUCGCUGCAAUGGUGCAGACAGAGGGAGAAAGCUCUUUCACCUUGUGGGAGAGCCCUCCAUAUACUGCACCAGCCAUGACAAUCAAGUUGGUGUCUGGAGCGGCCCUCCCCCACAGUGCAUCGUACCUAAUAAAUGCACCCCUCCACACGUUGAAAAUGCAAUAAUGCUAACUGAAAACAGAAGCUUAUUUUCCUUAAAUGAAAUGGUGGAGUUUGGAUGUCAGCCUGGCUUUGUCAUGAAAGGACCCACCCGUGUGCGGUGCCAGAAUCUAAACAAAUGGGAGCCAGAGUUACCAAGCUGCUCCAGGGUGUGUCAGCCACCUCCAAAAAUCCUGCACGGUGUGCAUACUCUAAGCAAUAAGGAUCAGUUUUCCCCUGGGCAGGAAGUGUUGUACAGCUGUGAGCCUGGGUAUGACCUCCUAGGAGCUGCUCUUCUGCGCUGCACACCUCAGGGAGACUGGAGUCCGGCUGCCCCCGUGUGUGCAGUGAAAUCCUGUGAUGACUUCCUGGACCAACUCCCCAAUGGCCGUGUGCUAAUUCCACUGAAUCUCCAACUUGGAGCAAAAGUGACCUUUGUUUGUGAUGAAGGGUUUCAAUUAAAGGGCAGUUCUGCUAGUCAUUGUGUUUUGGUUGGAAUGAAAAGCCUUUGGAAUAGCAGUGCCCCUGUGUGUGAACAAAUCUUUUGUCCAAGUCCUCCAACUAUCCUUAAUGGGAGACACUCAGGAGCUUCUCUGGAAGUCUUUCCUUUUGGAACAUCAGUGAUUUACACAUGUGAUCCCCAACCAGACAGGGGGAUCACCUUCAGCCUCUUUGGGGAGAGCACCAUCCUCUGCACCAGCGACCACCAAGGGCAUGGGGUUUGGAGUGGCCCUGCUCCUCGCUGUGUACUUCUGGGUUACUGUAAAACUCCAGGUCCUUUUCAGUUUGCUAAGUUGAAAACCCAAACCAAAGAAUCUGAGUUUCCCAUUGGGGCGUCCUUAGAGUUUGAAUGCGGCCCCGGGUACUACAGGAGGUCGUUCUCUAUCACGUGUCUAGAAAACUUGGUCUGGUCCAGUCCCAAAGAUGUCUGCAAACGAAAAUCAUGUAAAACGCCUUCAGAUCCUACGAACGGCUUGGUGCAUGGAGACUCAGACACCCAGAUUGGAUCCAGAAUUAAUUAUACGUGCAAUAAAGGGUACCGACUCAUUGGUCACUCGUCUGCUCAAUGUAUCAUCUCAGGCAAUAUUGUCAAUUGGAACACAGAGCCACCAAUUUGUGAACGGAUUCCUUGUGAGCCACCUCCAGCCAUUGCCAAUGGAGAUUUCAUUAACACCAAUGGAGAAGAUUUCCUCUAUGGAAUGGUAGUAACCUAUCGCUGCAACGGUGCAGACAGAGGGAGAAAGCUCUUUCACCUCAUGGGAGAGCCCUCCAUAUACUGCACCAGCCAUGACAAUCAAGUUGGUGUCUGGAGCGGCCCUCCCCCACAGUGCAUCGUACCUAAUAAAUGCACCCCUCCACACGUUGAAAAUGCAAUAAUGCUAACUGAAAACAGAAGCUUAUUUUCCUUAAAUGAAAUGGUGGAGUUUGGAUGUCAGCCUGGCUUUGUCAUGAAAGGAUCCACCCAGGUGCAGUGCCGGCCCCAAAACAAAUGGGAGCCAGAGUUACCAAGCUGCUCCAGAGGGUGUCAGCCACCCCCAGAAAUCCUGCAUGGUGUGCAUACCCCAAGCAACGAAGAUAACUUUUCCCCUGGACAGGAAGUGUUCUAUAGCUGUGAGGCAGGGUAUGACCUCAGAGGGGCUGCUUCUCUGAGCUGCACACCCCAGGGAGUCUGGAGUCCGGCUGCCCCCACGUGUACAGUGAAAUUAUGUGAUACAUUCCCAGGCCAUAUCCCUAAUGGUCGUGUGCUAUUGCCACUUACUUUACAGCCUGGGGCAAAAGUGACCUUCAUUUGUGAUGAAGGGUUUCGAUUAAAAGGCAACUCUGCUAGUCAUUGUGUCAUGGCUGAAAUGAAAAGCAUUUGGAAUAACAGUGCUCCUGUGUGUGAACAAAUAUUUUGUCCAAGCCCUCCAGCCAUCCUUAAUGGGAGGCACACGGGAACUGCUUUGCAAGAUAUUCCAUAUGGAAAAGAAAUAUCUUACACAUGUGACUCCCACCCAGACAGAAGGAUGACCUUCGACCUCAUUGGGGAGAGCAUCAUCCGCUGCACAAGUGACAAUCAAGGCAAUGGGAUUUGGAGCAGCCCUGCCCCUCGCUGUGUGCCUUCUAUUACUUCUGCAUGCCCACAUCCACCUAAGAUCCAGAAUGGUCAUCACAUUGGAGGACAUGCUUCUUCAUAUCUUCCUGGGAUGAUGAUCAACUAUACGUGUAACCCCGGCUACUUGUUGGUGGGAACUACCUUCAUUUUCUGUACACACAAGGGAACCUGGAGCCAGUCUAAUCAUUAUUGCAAAGAGGUAAAAUGCAGCCUUCCACAGUUGAAUGGACUUAAGCAGGAGUUGAAAAUGAGAGAAUAUCACUUUGGAGAUAAUAUAACUUUGGAAUGUGAGGAUGGAUAUAUUCUGGAAGGCAAUCCUUGGAGCCAGUGCCAGGCAGAGGACAGAUGGAACCCUUCUCUGGCCAUAUGCACAUCACGCUCACAUGAUGCUCUCAUAGUUGGCAUUUGCUUUGGUAUGAUCUUCUUCAUUUUAUCCAUCAUUGUUCCCAGUUGGAUAAUUUUUAAGUGCAAGAAAGGCAGUAAUCCAGAUGAAAAGUGUAAAGAAGUGAAUAUCAGUUUACAUCCUCAAGAAGGCAGCUGUGUUCAUCCUCAGACUCCGCUAACAAGACAGGAAAACAGCAGGAAAGGAGCCAGUCCACUUCAAGAGAAUAAGAUCAGAGGUUCACGAACUCUGAAGUGACUUCACAGAGAAGCACAUGUGUGCACCUGAAGACGCCUUAGCUGUCCCAGGGUCCAGCAAAACUCCACCUCUUAGUCUGCGUUCCUCUCACCCCUCACCCUCUUUCCUGUGCUGGAAGCACACAGCAUCGAGUCAGGGGACAAGACGGUAGAUAGGAAAAACUGUUUCCAUCAUUUAAAGGAAGAAGCUGCUUUCUAGGAGUUCUAGUUUAAAAGUCUGUCGUUUUCCUUUCUUAUUUUAAAAUGUUCAUGAUAUGGAAUGAGCUCAUUAUAGAGAAUUUGGAAAAUACAGAAAGAUAGGAAAAUUAAUGAGACAUGUUCAUAUUAAUGUCACACAUCACAUUAUCUGCCAGUCAUUUUCUAUAUAUGUUUCUUUAUACAAACACAUAUAUUUUGAUUUAUUAAAUAGAGCUCUACGUAGCGACCACUACAGAGGGAAUAAACAGAUUCCCUCUGUAUUUUAUAGAGCAGAACCUACUUCUUUAAAUAAAUUGGAGUAAAGUACAUGAUAUAUCAAUUUUCAUCUCCUCUAGGGAAGAAAAGCAAUUUUUUUCUUCACUGGAAAGGUGCUAAAUGAUUAUGGUGGAGAACCGUCAAGACUGCUCAAAAGAAUUAUCUAGAAAAAAAAAUGAAACUCCAGAUAUUUUCUAAGUUCUGUCUCAAAAACCCACUUUGUAACAUGUUCUGAAUAAAAGAAAAAUUUCAAAUUAAAUAAUAAUUAUUAUAAAUGUAACUAGUUUACUAGGAUACCCUAGGUUAACUUUUAAAAGCACGACUUUUAAGAAUUUAUGAGUCAAGGGGUACUAAGUUACACUCGGGAAGAGUAAACUCUGGUUUUCUAUUUCACAGCAGGGUGACUGCAGAUCUAAAAAAGCUAGAAGAGGGCUGCCUUGUGGCUCAGUGGUAGAGCACUUGCCUAGCACAUGCAAGGCCCUGGAUUCGAUUCUCAGCACCACAUAGAAAUAAAUAAAUAAAGGUAUUGUGUCCAACUAAAAAAUAAAUAUUAAAAAAAAAGCUAGAAGAAAAGAUUUUGAAUGUUUUCACUACAAAGAAAUGAUAAAUGUUUAAGAAGACAUGUAUGUUUACUUUGAUUUGAAUAUUAUACAGGAUGUACAUGUAUCCAAAUAUCACAUGAUACUUCAUAAAUGUGCAGUUUUUGUGUGUCAGUUGUUUUGAAAAGAACUUUAUCAAAUCGAUAAUCAUGCAUUGAAGGCUGGGGUUGUGGCUCAGCCGUAGAGCACUUGCCUAGCACUUGCAAGGCCCUGGGUUCCAUCUUCAGCACCACAUAAAAAUAAAUAAAUAAAAUAAAGGUAAUGUGUUCAACUACAACUAAAAAAUAAAUGUUUUUUUAAAAAAUAAUCAUGCAUUAACAUCUUAAAAUCAGUAUCCCUGUACUUUCAGCCAUUCUACAUCUUUAUAGAUCAGAAACUUGUUAUGAUAUUAUUUGCUAUGAUAAUGAUCUCUGGAAACUAUCAGAAUAUUUGUGAAUAUUGAGUAAUAUCUUUGAAUCUAACUAUCACUAAUUUCUGGGUAAUUCUGUGUUUUAAUCGCUGCUUUAAAUUUCUAUUUUACCACAUUUACUUUGACACCAAUAUAGGGAUUAAGGGAGACACCAACUUGAAUUUCAACUUAAAAUAUUGCAAGUUUGAAAAAAAAAAACCAGCAUAAGCAAA